GUAUUGAUAAUCUUCCUUCGGAAAUUAAUUAUCACUUUACUGAGCUAUCAAAUAAAGAUCAAGAAAUUGAGAGAAUAACGGAAAGAAUUGAACGACGUAAAAAAAGGUUAUGGUGCUUAUAUGAUGGAGUUCCCUUUGAAGAUGAAGACAGCGAUUGUUCUGUUGUUGAAAACGUUUAUGAAGAUCAAGAUCAGGAGGGAGGGAAUGAAUCAGAUAGUGAAGAGGAUGGUAGAAAUGAAGAUGAGCAGGUUUCUGAGAAUUCUUUAAAAAAGAAACGGCGUCGCGUUGCUCGUGUGAUAACCGAAUUCGAAGACGAGGAAGUUCUUAAAGAUAAAAUAAUUAAAGAUCAUGUGAGAGCAUCACAAUUGCAAGACGAGAAAAUUGAAAUUGCAGAUAAAGCCCUUGCUUUAGUUGAAAGACAUAUUAAACGUCUCGAUGAAGAUUUUGAUAGUUUAUUUCCGCAACAUAAUCUUCGAGAAAAUGUUAAUGAAUCUUUUAUCUCAGAACCUUCUAGUCCCAACAAAACAGAUACAAUGAAUGCAGCUACUGCAAUUCAGGAAUCACCUGAUUCAAAUAACGUACAGAUUACCCCACAAAUAACUACUAGAAAUCAAUCACCUACAGCACCAACACAGGCUACGACGUCGACAUUCACUAAUGCAACAUCCUUUGAUCAAAUCAAAGGAUUAUAUUAUCCGUCGGGUGCAGAAUCUGCCGAAGAAGGAAUUUUGUUAUUGACAUUUCCUUCUCUGAUAAAAGACUCAACAACGCCCGGACGACGACAUUCAUCAAUAACUACUAAUCCUAAUAAUGGUAGACGUCGAAAACAGAGUAAUUCUCAAAGUAAUACUCCUACUUACAUGGCAAAUGCAGACUCUACUAUGAAUGUCAACAAUAAUAGCAGUCUCUCCAGAAGUAUUAAGUUACGAUUAUUUUCUGGCGAUGAUCAACUAGAUCCGGACUUCGUUGAUCAGGGAACGAAUGAAAUUAAUAGCAUCAACUUUUUGGACGCAGAGACCACUUCAAAUGAUUAUGCACCUAUCGUUGAUAAUGACACAUAUUCAUCAGGCUACGUUCAGGCCAUUGAUCCUAACGAGCCCGUAUAUUGCAUUUGUCGACAAGUUAGUUUUGGUGAGAUGAUUGGUUGUGACGGCGAGGAUAUUCCACUUGCUCCCCCGGACGUCAUUUUCCAUUUAACUGCACAAUACAAAGCAGAUACCUUUCAACAUAAGAUCAACUUAGGAGUUGGAGCAUACAGAGACGAUUCAGGAAAACCAUGGGUAUUGCCAGUUGUAAAAAAGGCUGAACAAAUUAUCGUAAAUGAUCCUACAAUAGAUCAUGAAUAUCUACCAAUUUUGGGACUUCCACCUUUUAGAGAAGCGUCGAUCAAAUUGAUUCUUGGUUCCGACAACCCAGUUAUCAGAGAAAAACGAGUUAUCGCCGUCCAGACUAUAUCGGGCACAGGUGCUAAUCACUUAGGAUCACUCUUUCUAUCGCGAUUUUAUCGUAAAAGCUCCGUAAUAUAUGUGUCCAAUCCGACCUGGGCAAACCAUAAAGCAAUUUUCAGUAAUGUCGGUCUUGAAGUCAAAGAUUAUGUUUAUUAUAGUCCAAAAACAAUAGGAUUAGAUAUCAACGGCAUGUUGGAAUCUCUCAAAAACGCACCGAAUGAAUCUAUUAUAUUAUUGCAUGCUUGUGCUCACAAUCCAACUGGUGUAGAUCCUACUCAAGAGCAAUGGAAGGCUAUUGCUGAUGUCAUGGAAGAAAAGAAACAUUUUCCCUUUUUCGAUUGUGCUUAUCAAGGUUUUGCUAGUGGUGACUUAGACCGUGAUGCUUGGGCUGUACGUUAUUUUGUGAAUCGUGGUUUCGAGUUAUUAGUCUGUCAGUCUUAUGCCAAAAACUUUGGAUUAUAUGGUCAACGCGCUGGUUGUCUCACAUUUGUUUUCAAAAACUCGGAGACUGUUAUCAAAGCAGAAAGUCAACUUGCUAUUCUUCAACGUUCGGAAAUUUCUAACCCUCCAGCACAUGGUGCUCGAAUUGUUAAUUUAGUACUUAAUGAUCCUGUACUUUAUGCUGAAUGGGUUAAUAAUCUCAAGACUAUGAGUUCUCGCAUUCAAGAAAUGCGUCGACGCCUUUUCGAUAAACUCAUCGAACUUGGUACUCCCGGUACUUGGAAUCAUAUCGUUGACCAAAUUGGAAUGUUUUCGUUCACUGGAUUAAAAGCUCCCCAAGUUAAAGUUCUUAAGGAAAAAUAUCACGUGUAUUUGACCAACAAUGGUCGCAUAUCUAUGGCAGGUUUAUCGUCUUCAAACGUAGAAUAUUUUGCAAAAGCAAUAGAUGAUGUUGUCAGAAAUGUCACUUGA